AGCAGGUAGCUUCGCAAAUCUGUGCUAUAAAUGGUUGAUCUUAGAGCAAAUACCAUCACCAGCCCACCUUGAAGUACAGUGCAACCAUUUCUCUUAUAAACACGAAUUCAAUUACUCAACCCUUCAAUAUAUAUAUGGACCACAACGGCAGUGAGGCAGCAGGUGGUAGUAUGAUUGAAGGCAUGGAGGGAGGGAGCCAUCAACAAGAUUUAGCAAACUGCCAAGCAUUACAAAGCAUUUCUGAAAAGAUUCAAAAUGUAAAACAAUUAUCUCCAGAGGCAUGCUUAUUCAAAGUGCAGGAGGAGCUGCGUAAAACAAACCGGGAUGCUUAUACACCCUUGAUCAUUUCCAUCGGGCCUUACCAUCAUGGGAAGCCGGAAUUGAGCAAGAUGGAAAGGUUGAAGGGAUUGUAUUUAAAAUCAUUUUUGAAGAGAGCACGUGGAAAAGGAUUCGGUUUGGCGGAUUGUUGGAAGAAAUUAAAGAAUUUGAAAGACAGACCAAAAAGGUAUUAUGGUGACGACCACGGCAUAAAAGUUAGUGGCGAUGAAUUCGUGAAAAUGUUAUUGUUGGAUGGUUGCUUUAUAGUGGAAUUUCUUAUUAGACUGGGCUACGAGAAUGAAGAAGUAGAGAAAUAUGAUACCAUUUUCAGAAUUAGUGGGACAGCUAAUAGUGUUGUUCGUGACAUGCUGCUUUUGGAAAACCAACUCCCUUUCUUUGUUCUGCGAGAACUCUAUGACAUGAUUACUAUUCCUUGCAAACUAGAAUUCUCGGAGAUGGUGAAAAGAACAUUAGGAUUUGUCCUACCAAAGAUGAAUGUUAUCUCUAUACACUCUACCAAUGUCAAUAUCGAAGAGAUAAAACAUUUACUUGAGGCAGUGCACAUUCUUUGCCAACCCCGCCUAAGUACUAAUGGAUGCAUUCAGCAGGAGAGGGAUUCAACAUGUUUUUGUUGCUGGUUUUCGAAACAACCACAAGCAAAUGCUGCACAAGGCGUUGAUAUUGAAUCCCAUUCUUGUAUCUUUUGCAAAUUUGGGAAUUGCACUUGUCUCCUUUGCAAGUUUGGGAAACAACAACCAAGUACUACAGACGACCUUGACGCUGAAUCAUAUCAUAUACCUACUGCAACUGAGCUUCGAGAAGCUGGAGUUGACUUCAAAAAGGUUGGAAAGAUUGGUAGCAUUAACUCCAAUGAAACCACAUGUCUAUUUGAUAUAAACUUCAAUCACAACGUACUAGAGAUCCCCUCUUUUGGUCUCUACGAUGAUUCAGAGAGCUUCUUCAAAAAUCUCAUAGCUUACGAGCUAUAUUCGCCUGAUGUGCAUCCCAAGCAUUUCGUAAGUUUUGCCUUAUUCAUGGAUGAUCUUAUCAAUACAGACAAGGAUGUCAUCUUACUUCGCAAGAAGGGAAUUUUUAUAAGUGGACUAGGUGAUGACGCAAUGGUGAGUGAUCUUUUUAACAAUCUAUGCAGAGGGGUUACAUAUUCCCAUGAUGACUUCUAUUACGGGGAUGUGUACAAAAAAUUGAUUCAACAUUGCAAUAUGCCGUGGAAUGUGUUGAAGGCAAAACUAAGACGCGAUUACUUUCACAGUCCGUGGGCAGGGAUUUCAACCAUUGCAGCAAUAUGGCUCCUUUCUCUCACUACUGCACAGACUGUCGUAGCUUUCAUUGAUCUAUUUAAUUAGUAAUAUAUAUAAUAUAAUGCAUGCAUGCAUGCAUGCCAUUUCUUUCCAAGUAUGUAAACCUUCAAGUUGUUUAUGCAUGCAUAUAAUAUGCAGGGUGACAAGAAGUAAGCAUUGUAGCCUGUUAUCAUUGUAGCCUGUUGUAAUAAAUCAAGUUCGUUAGACUAUAAUGUGUUGAUAACGAUCGUGUACAAAAUCUUUCAA